GGGCGGUUUCGUAUUGUGCUUGUAGUUGGUUUCGGGGCGGCAGCUUGAAGGGGAGUUAAGGGGACUUAGACGUACACAUGCAGGUUGUGAAUAUCGGUCCAGUUCACGUUCUUCUGCCUGGUCCAGAUAUUGUCAUUUUGCUGUUCUGAGAACCAUCAAUCAAUCCGUGCUGAGGAGGCCAGUUUCAUGCCUACACAAAACAGAUGCUGAUUUCUCUGUCAUUCUGAAGUAUCCUUAUUGUAGUGGGGGCGCGUUUGAAGAAGACUUAUCGACCUACAGGCCACCAAACAUUCUCAGCUAAGAGUGCGCAUUGCUCCAUCUGUGCCAUCAUGGCCAGAAAACUAUUAUUACUGCUCCUUGUGUGUACGAGCUUUUUGGUUCAUGACGUCACCGGUAAAAGACGCAAGGACAAAGACAGGGAAAAACAGUCUCUCUCUGAAAACACUGAGAACGUCUGUGAAAUACCGGAUCCUAACCGGAGCAUAGAUUGCUUCUGUGACAAAGCUGGAUAUCAAAAUGCAUCAGACGCCACGUGUUGGUUAUUUUACGAACUUCAACCGGAUAGUGUCGUGUGGGGUUAUUUUACGUCUCAGACCAACAUUGAGAAACUCAAGAUUAAUAUCCGACCCGAUGGAAUUUUGAAAUAUGUCCCCACGUGGGUGCUGUCCCAGUUGCGAAAUCUUAAGGUGUUUGACGUUCUGUACGGUGACAUUGCAGAGAUAUCGCCUUACGCGUUCGCAAAUCUGUCUUCUCUGCAGGAAAUCUCGAUGACCCGGAACAAAAUUAUUGAGCUCAAACCCUAUUCAUUUGCAAAACUGCCUAAACUCACACAGGUUACUUUAGAUGACAACAGAAUUACUGAAAUUCGUCGUGAAGUUUUCAUCGGUCUGCCAGUACUGAAGAGCUUGUACAUAGACCGAAAUAACUUGAGAUUAAUUUACGAUCGAGCAUUCUUGCACCUGUACCGACUGGAAGAGCUUGAGCUGAAUGGAAAUCAGCUGUCAGUCAUCACCCGUGACACCUUCAUGGGAUUACAGUCGCUCAAGGUUCUCAGUCUGCAAGACAACAGGAUAAAGAUGCUGGGAGAAUACACUUUCAACGAGACGCCGUUUCUUGCAGAAUUAAGCAUGGAUCGUAACGGUCUUCAGUACAUCAAUGAAAAUGCUUUCCAUGGAUUGUCGCAACUGCAUCGUUUGUCUUUGUCCGAGAAUCAACUUAAGUCUCUCCCUAACAACGUCUUCAAUGAUACACCCAAUAUUCGCUUUCUGGAUCUUCGUGACAAUUCUCUCAGCAUGCUUUCCUCCGAGACAGUGAGACCCAUCAUGGAGAGCUUGAAGGAUGUGUCUACCUACUUCUUCGUCGAAGGUAACAACCUCGUGUGCAACUGUCAGCUGUCGUGGGUAUACCCACUGCGGAACGAGACAGCUAGUGACCAGAUCCGAAACAGCUUGGACGAAUUGACGUGCAAACCGCAGGUCGAUGCCAAGAAGAAACUACUUGAUGACAUCGAGGAAAAACUACUGGAAGAUAUCGAAGGAAAACUGCCGGAUGAUCCCAAGAAAAAUCUGCAAUCUGAUAUCAGGAGACUUACCCAAGACAUCACCGACUCUCUCCUUGGCAGCACCAUGAAGCCACUUCGCAUAGUUGACGACGAUGAUGUGUUCAUCGAACAGGGUUAUGACAGUUAUGGACGCCCCGUGCAACCUAACUUUGUGACUACUGAAUCCAACAGCGUUAAACAUCUGUUCGAUAUCCCAAUGCAAGAUCUGCCCUGUCCGGAGAAUGUGCACCGGGAUCACGAAACGUCAGUGACUCCUGAUCUCAAAUCCAAGUCUGGGCAAGGACGUAAUAAGAACGCGUGCAUCUACCAUUACAUUGUAUCCGCCAUGUUUGUUUUGAUAUUAACUGUAAUGUAGUGGUCAUACGAAGGGAUUGAGUCAAAGGGGAUAGGACAAGUUGAAGCUCUUAAAGGAUAUUUGUGAUUUUCGUUGUAAGAGUGUUUGUAAUUAUGUUCACUUGCCAAGAGACUUGGAGUAGGUGGCGAAAUAUUUCGCAUAUCAGCUACUUGUUUGUUUACCAUUUGCUCCUUCACAUUGUCAAAAUCAAGCUAAAGAAAUCUGAAAUGAUUAAUAUGUCAAAAACUGAUAAAAACUUAUCCAGAAGUGUUUAUAUUUUUCGUGCCAUGUAUUCACUAGUCGCAUUGAAAGAGAAAUGUACACUUGUUUUAGUGUUUCAGCUAACCCAUCAUUUACAGGACAAAUUUCUUGGAAAUAGAACCAUUGUCAAUCCACGGCGGUCUAGGGCAACACCUCGCGUCUUUUCAGAGUGUCUAGGCAUCUCGUUGGCCCUUAUUUUAAAGACAGUAACUUAUCCUAAGGCAGUGUGAGCCACCUCCUUUCUCCUUAAAAUAUAAGAAGGCCUACAUCGCACGUUUCUCUGGAAAAUUAAAGGAAUUGUGUUACAGAAAACUUGGGCCUAUAGAUUAUUUAAUUUCUGAUCUCUCUGAGAUAUCAGAGUUUUUAAAUACGAAAGUGCAUUUUGUGAGCUGUUCACUUUAAAUUCUGUAUCUAAAAGCGUAAAAACCACUAUUAGGUAAUAGUGUUAACGGUUCAAUGAUAAUUUCUUUCAACAAGAAAUUGUGUCAGACCGCCCGAACACAUUUAAGGAUUGCACCCCUGAGACAGAUCAUUAGUUAAACAACGUUACGCAUUAAAUUCUGUGUACUUAUAACUGUGAUAUCAUUUUCUUGUUUCAUCUCAUGCAGUGACUGUAGUACGGUAAUUUCUGAGGUGAAGGCUUCCGUUUGUUGGUGAGCGUAAAUCAGUUUAGUACUUCAUAAUAUCGUAGUUUUGUGAGUGGUUCUGCCGGAUAUAAAAGCUGAUGCCAACUGCCCGACAACGGAGCAGAACUCAUCUGGGUGACAAAACAUCUAAAACCUUGUGUUCUAAAGCGGUGUUGCUUCAAAUACUUAUGGUACGAGAGUUUGGGUCCAUUUAACUCGCAUGGAAAUUUGACAGAAAAUCUUCAUGCUGACAGUACUCCUUGGCAAUUUUCUUUUAAAUUUAAUUAUUAUUAUAAGCAUUAUCAUAUAGACGUCUGCUUAUCUGUGGUCUACAUUGUUUUGGCUUUGGUGUUCUGUUGGUGACACCAAUUCUUACUGACACGAAGUGGUGAUCUCCUGAGGGCCCCUUCACUUUGAUAUGAAAUUUGAAGGAUUGGUGAAUUUGUAAUACCUAAGUAUAUAAGUUAAAUAGAGGUAAAAACAUAGUCUCUGUACAUGCAAUGAUAUUUUCUAAUAUUCUAGUCCUUUCA